AAUUACAUAUCUGUAAAGAAAAUACCACAAAAAUUCGAUAAGUAUAAACAAAUCGAACUGCUUAUCGGCCUUUCACUUUAAUUGUUUAUUUUACGGUUUCUGCACAUUUAUUAAAUCGAACAAUGACAGCAUCUGCCUUUUCCAGCCAGGAUACGGCAGCGCUGGAGCGUCAGACAGAAUUGGCUGUGGAAUCGCCGGUAACAUUUGAACAAAUCUGGAAUGAAACGCACAAAAAAGUUAGCAUCGGCUGGAUACGACAAAAUGGUUACAAGCGGAUCUGUCUUCAAUUCCCAGACGAUUAUUUGCCUCACAGCAAUGCGAUCAGCACUUGCCUGCAGUUAGCGCUAACAGUAGAGGACUGCAAGAUUUUCAUUUUAGCAGACACCACGUAUGGCAGCUGUUGCGUCGAUGAAAUUGCUGCUGCUCAUGUGGAGGCGGAUAGCAUUAUUCACUUUGGUAAUGCGUGCCGCAGCAAGGCCAGUCGCUUACCGGUACUCUAUUUGUAUCCAGUGCUGCCUCUGGAGCUGUCCACAAUGCUACAGCAGCUGGCCACGCUGCAACCAGAAUGCACUGAACGAGAUGUAUGCGUUUAUCUUGAUAUUGGCUACCAGCAUCUCUAUGAGCAUCAACUAGCUGAGGGCGAGGAUACGCUCUUUAGCCAGCUGCGCGAUGUGCUACGCCCUAAAAAGCUGCUUAUAGAGGUGUAUCCACCACCCGCUGAAGAUUGCAUUGAGAACAAGCAACCAGCUGAGUCAGAGACUGCAUCGCCGACGGAGCGUAUUUGCAUUUUUAUUGGUGCAGAUAAUCAGCGCUUUGCUAAUCUGUCACUGACACCACAAGCGUUCCAGUGGCAUAUUUUCGACGGUGCCAGUGCCACGUUGAGUGCCAAAAAUCCACUGACUGCACAAUAUAUACGUCGGCGUUAUUACUACAUAGAGAAGUGCAAAGAUGCACAGACACUGGGGCUGAUUGUCGCCACAUUGAGCGCUGUUGGCUACUUAGAUGUAGUUUCACGUUUGCAGGAAAUGGCCAAGAGUCGUGGCAUUAAGACGCAACUUAUUUCCGUUGGCCGCAUCAAUCCGGCUAAGCUGGCUAACUUUCUGGAGAUAGACUGCUUUGUGCUAAUCGGUUGUCCCUUUAACAAUAUGUAUAAUUCCAAGGAGUACUAUAAGCCCAUUGUGUCAGUGUUCGAGGCUGAAAUGGCGCUGAAUCCAGCCUGGCAUAUGAAGUAUCCGGAGGCGUAUGUCACAGAUUUCAAGCAGUUACUACCGGAGGGACGAAGCUUUUUAGCCUUUGAUGCACAGGCCGUGCAGCCGCAGGAUGUGAGUCUGGUCAGCGGACGCAUGAGAGGAGGCACUGCUGGCAAUGAAGCAGUCGAUUCAAGCACGACAGUGGCUACGCAGGCCAAGAUGGCACUGAUGACAACCGACACUGGCUUGACGUUCGAGGAUCGCACUUGGCAAGGCUUGGACCCGGCGCUGGGUCAAACUGAGCCAGCCAAACUGCAGAAAGGUCUUAGCGGAAUACCUAUCAACUACUCGCAUGAUUAGAUAAUAAUCGAUGUAUCACCUCUCAAUACCAAUAAAAUACAACGAACAAAUAUUUACAGCAGUUCAUUUAAAGUUAUGUUGUGGUUUUAUAUUAGUUUGGUUUUUACUGAUUCUCUUGGAUCAAAUUUUUCUUGAAUUGGACUACACUGCUAGCAACGAUAUAUUUUAAA